AUGGAAAGACAGGCUCACUCAAGUCAAGCUCCCACUGAUCCAAGUCAGAGCCAUGCUUCAGGCCAGAAUCUCCCAAACGAUGAGAAAACAGCCACCAGCAACCGGGAAAGUUUCAAGGAGAGGUUCAAGAAGAUGGUGAAACUCCAGUGCCAGGAAAAUACUGGCCGCACUUCCCAAACAAUUGAAUGGCUCUUUCCGCAGCCUUUCAUCUCUGAGAAGCAGUUCCAAUUCUGUGGACACAUCUUGAACAUCGCUCGAUUUUUUGGUGGCGAUUUGGGAUUCUCCGCCUCUAUCUGGGAUGCUGCUCUGGUGCUUUGUCGGUAUUUUGAACAAGAGAAGAUAAGUUUUACUGGGAAGAAGGUGCUUGAACUAGGGGCUGGAACUGGAAUUGUGGGGAUUCUAGCUGUUCUGUUGGGUGGAGACGUUACUAUCACAGACAAAGAGAAUGUAUUGAGCCAGAUAGAACAUAACGUCUCUGCUAACAUCCCUGCUGAAUGUAGGCAUCGUUCAAAGGUUUGUGCUCUUUCCUGGGGUAAGGACCAUAUCAACUUUCCAACCGACUAUGAUUUCAUCCUGGGUGCAGAUAUUGUGUACACCUCCCUCGUCUACCCCUUGCUGUUAAAGACUCUGCUGCAUCUGUGCUAUGAAUCGACCAUCAUUUACCUCUCUACCAAGUUGCGCAGAGGGAACCACUCUAUCUCUUUCCAUGAGGAACUUUUGCCUAAGUAUUUCAACUGUGAACUUGUCCACAGAGUCGAGGACAAAAAUAUCAAUGUGUACAAGCUUAGGUAUCAGGGCCCA